UGUUUGUUUGGGUAACGCGGCGAAUGCAAGAGGAAAAACUUCAGGAAAACGUUCAGAUCCAGCAUCGAACACGUAGCAGGGCAGGAUGGUCGAGGAUCCACAUUUCAUCGAUAUGAUGGUGCAGGAACUGAAAUCGCAGGGCCUUUUCGAUCAAUUCCGGAAAGAGUGCCUGGCCGACGUGGACACAAAACCCGCGUACCAGAACCUACGUCAGCGAGUGGAGGGAUCGGUAAACAAGUUCCUGGCGGAGCAGGAAUGGUCCGAUAAUAUACGACACAAAAAUCAGCUAAGAGAACAACUCCGCAAGAAUAUCAUAGACUCCGGUUACCUCGAUACGGGCGUCGAACGGAUCGUGGACCAAGUGGUAAAUCCGAAGAUAUCUACAAUUUUUCACCCAAAAGUGGAGGAGCUGGUGUACAACUAUCUCGGUAUCGAGAAACCGAAAUCCUCCGUCAACGGUAACGAGGGUGCCCGGGCAGAGUCGUUGCUGGAAGACCUAGAGGCGGUAAGUCCAGAUUCUGAUAAGAAAUCCGAGGGCAGCUUGACACCGCCUCAGGCAGCGGCGGAAACGGAGCACAUGGAAGUGGACAUGGAAAUUGAUGACGAUGAUGAAGAGGAUGUCAGGGAAGAAGAAGUUGAUGAUUCGAAAGAACAGGAUGACUUCGAGUCGCCUGCCUUUGAACCGCUAGAGAUUCGUUCUCCGAGCAAGGUGAAGGAAGAAGCCAACGAUUCCAACUCUUCGGUCAUCAGUGGCUUGACCUCCCAAGAGUCGGUGGAAAGUGACAAAAAUGAGCAAACCGCCGUGACAGAGAAAUCAGUCGAGGACACCGUGGCUGCAAACGAUGACCAGGAAUCGAAGGAGAUCGCCGUCACCAAAGACUCCGAUUUCAGUCAAGAGAUUGGCCCGACAAACGACUCUCAGCUGUCGCAGGUAUCGAGCAACAGCCAGCUGCUACCCGUUACGGAGCAGUCUGCCUCGGAUGACUUGGAGCGUUCGGAAGAGAACGAGCGCUUGGACAUUACGGAAGAGGCUCAGAUGCCAACGCUGUUCUCCAGUCACUCGCCCAACAAGAAAACGGAUUCAUCAGAUAGCCAGACUGGUGAUCAACCAGAGGGCAAGAAAAUUACGUUCGAUUUCGAUAAAGAUGGAUAUGAGUUUGUUGGUACCGGACGAUCGUCAGCGAUUGCAUGUGCGGCCGAUGAGUCACCCGACCGAAGUCAACGCGAUCAGCAGGAGGCAGAUGAAGAGAGUACCUCACAACGCACCACAACAGAAGAAACCAAAGAUAUGGCACCAGCCAAUUUCUCCACGCAGGAUGACACAUCAUCACUAUCGGAGCAUUCGUUAAAGAUCUGCGAAGAUUCGAUCAGCGACAAUGACACUAAAGGAUCGCGAUCAGUGGACGAUCGCAGCUCCGAACAGAAAAGUGUUCCGAAAGUACAGAAACUUUCUGAGGCCAGUAGCUGCAGCCUAAACGAUGAAACGAACGUAAAACCGACACCAGUAAGUCCAUCGCAAGAUAAGGAUCACGAUAAGGUAGAAACGGAGAAGGACCAACCUACAGAAGAUCAAGAGCAGCAGCAAAACCGUGAAAAUCGUACAUUAGAAGAAGAGUCCGCUAAAGAAGCCGAUGACAAUGUGAAAGCAGAACUCGAAGAUGACCACUACCAGGAACAUUUGAAGCAGCGAGGUAAUCGACGGCCAAGUGACAAAGAUUCCGAUGGGGAUGGUGAGGAAAAAUCUAAACCCCCGGGAGAAUCAGCAUCAUCAGCUGCUACUGAAACGGGCAAUAAAUCUGCUACCGAAGGCGUGGUGGUAGCAGGAGCAGAAGAUACGAAAACCGACCAGGAAAAGGCUAUCCCCUCGGAAGCUUCGGAAGGAUGCAGUGAUAGAACACUGGAGCUGGAGCUGCUGCGUGGAACUGUGACACCGACGCGCGAGUGCGGUCGCUUAGACUCUUCCUCAUCCGGCAUUCAGUCGGGUGAUGAUUCGGAGAAAAGUCCCGAAAUGUUGAAGCAUGCGGCCAAACCCGAAUCGAUCGUGCUCCCUGUGCAGCCAGUCGUCAUUGAUCAGAUGCUAACGAACGUGGAUGAGAACAAGCUCGAGCAGCUGUUGAAUGGCGAAGCACUGACGAACGAUGCAACACUCGGUUCGAUUCAGAAAGAAUGGCAAGCUCUCAAGAAGGCAAAGAAACCCAAAUUCGCUUCCAAUUUCACCGAAGCGCGGCGUCUGAUGAAGGUACGUAAACAGAUCGAGCGAGAGGAGCAAAAACGACGUGAAAAGACGUUGGCCCUGGCGAAAAAGUACAUCAACGAGAGUAAAACCUACGGUGGACAAAUGGAGGAUCAGGGCAUUGAACUAGAGUUCGUGUGCCACGAUCAGCGCGAAUCGCCAGGCCCCACCAUUUCGUCCCCAAUCCCACCUAGUUCCGACCAGGCGGAGCAGAUAGCGGCGACGAACAAGAGUGCCGAGCAGAUAGAUCUAGCAAACGUCAGUGAUGCUGAGCUGUACUUUUUCCCCGAACCGAGAGAGGUGUUUAAAACGAACGAAACGAUGCUUCAGGUUUUACGUUCUAAAACGAACGGUGUAACGUUUCCGCGUAGCUUCAAAAUUCAGCAUUUUAAAACUCAAAUCUUCACCCUGGCCGUAAGCGCCGCAAGUCGAAAGGGAGUCAAGCGCACCGCAGCACCGCCCAGCCCCGCGGCUAGUGGUGCCAAGACGAAACGAAUUGCGUCCGCUUCCGGCAAGUCAGUAUCAAACGGACUCCCAUCCAAACUCGAGCUCGGUACCGAGGAUACGAGUUUGGCUUUGCGGAAGCAGCGUUCGAUCAAAAAUGGCCAUACACAGCGGUUAUUGUCGAAAAGUACGCCACCUUCGGUGGGCACAGAUGUGUGACCGAUGACCGAUCAGUAAUCACGACGAAGCUACAUUCUCUUUAGUGCAUAAUCUCCUUUGGUAGGGUACAUUACGAAAAGUGGUUUAUUUCUCGUCCUGUUAAAUGUUUGCUCCGGUAAAACUGUAAAUAAAGCGUAGAUCAAAUGGGA